CUCGACUGAGUCUUAUAGUAGCGUCUUAGCUGACUCUUUCGUAUUCGUCGGCAGAAAAAUAUCAUCUAAUCUUGCAGUGUUGGUAAUGCAAUGAUCACCGGUCAAUGAGAAGAGAGAACACGCACUUGUAGACGGAAGUCAAACAAGAAAUGAAGAUGUGGCUAUAUAUUUCGAGCUCUGACUUACAUCCUCUUCAGCAGAAGAGAACUGAGAACCUCCAGAUGAAGUUCUUUUUCUGCUGAAGACAUCACAGAUUAAACAGUACAGCCCCCUCCUCCCUCUUAACUUCUUGCAUUAUUUAUGCCUGUGGCCCUCGUGUUGGUUGUGGUGGCACUGACUGCCCUGAUGGGGUCAGCUCGAGCUGUUCCUGACCCCGAAGCCCUGGCUGAUCCUGACCCCCAGUUUGGAUUUGGCAGUCACGAGUUUGGUCGCGGAUUUGGUCGUGGUUUUGGUGGUCGCGGAUUCGGGCGUGGAUUUGGGGGCGGAUUUGGUCGUGGAUUUGGGGGCGGGUUUGGUCGCGGGUUUGGUGGCGGAUUUAAUCGUGGAUUUGGUGGUGGACUUGGUGGCGGACUUGGUAAUCUCCUUGGAUUCCUUGGUUAAUCUUGGACUGCAACCACCAAUUCCCUUCCCUAUAAGAAGGAUCUAACCAGGCGAGUGAACACCAGUGAACACCUUUGUACAAACGUUCAAAGAAUCAAAUCAUAAAAUUUUAAUCCCACAACGGCAGAGCCCAGUGCUUAAAAAAAUCUACAAUAAUGAAAAAUACAUCUACUAGACUCUGUGUACUGGUGUAAACACGAGGUACUGGAACUGGUCCAACACGUCAUCCUAAACCUCCAACAUACAACACCAUCAACCUCCACCGCCUCCAUCAUAAGUGCGACGCUGGAGAUAUCUCCCAUUAACCUCCACAGUGCUGAGUAUAAAAAUGAGAGAAUAUACCGGUAGAAUGAUCAAAAAAAAUACAUGCGGUUUGUGGUCUAAACAGCAUAUUGUUUGUCUUAAGCAGUAUCUAACUGUCUCUCAUCAACAUGCUGCACAAGACUGUUGGCAAGCCACGGACUGGUGAUUCAGUGAACGGCAUCUCUCAGAAGAUUCCUUCGGAAAAAUUACAAUUAUUUGUAUAUCGGCGCAUAUUUCUUUAUAUCCCUCACGGAUAUAC